AUGGAGGCGGCGGAGGGCUGGGACCCCUACGGGCGGCCGGCCCGCCGCACGCAGUGGCUGGUGAGCGCCUUGGCUUAUCACUACGGGCUGGACCGAGGCGUGGAGAACGAGAUCGUGGUGUUAGCCACCGGUUUGGAUCAGUACCUGCAGGAGAUCUUCCAUCACCUCGAUUGCUCCGGGGAAGGCAGAAUUCCCGGCGAGGAUUUCCGGACCUUGUGCCAAGUGUUAGGGUUGGAAGAGACGGAGGAGCCCGAGGAGUGCGCGGGGCUGUGGCAGGACCUGGCGGCCGGGCUCACCUUCCGGCAGUUCCACGCCCGGCUCUGCGGGUAUUUCGGCAGGGAGGAGGAGCAGAGCGCCCAGCACCCCCGGCUGCCGCUGGGCCGGGAGAGCGAGCACAUCGAGACCCAGAUCCGGCUGCGCAGCCCCCGCCGCCGCCGCCGCCCCCCGCCCGGCCCCGCCGCGGGGCAGGAGACGGGGCCCCGCUCCCGGGAGGGCUGCUCCCGGGAAGGCUGCUCCCGGGAAAGCUGCUCCCGGGAAGGCUGCUCCCGGGAAGGCUGCUCCCGGGAAGGCUGCUCCCGGGAGCGCGGGGCGUUGGAGCAGGCUGAGGAGCGCAUCGCCCGGCUGGAGGAGGAGAACGGCAGCCUGCGGGAGCUGGUGGAGGACAUGCGGGCUGCCCUGCAGAGCAGCGACGCGAGGUGCUUGGCCCUGCAGGUAGGACUGCGGAAAAGCCACGCAAACCAUAAGGAGGAGGGAACCUGUUUCAUAGGGAGCAAGAGACAGUUGGCACCAAACCACUCCCAGCCCAAGUGCCUUCAAAGUGUGAUGAAGGAAGUGGAGCUCCUCAGGAGCUCCAGGGAUGGGCAAAUUGAAGAAGCAAUGAAGUUCAAUCAAGAGCUGGAACGAGAGCUGAAGAACUCUCAGGAAGCCCUGGUCAAUCUGGAAGACUGCAACCGUAACCUGAAGAGGGAACAAGCAGAAAUGAGGAAGAAGGUGGAAGAGGCAAGACACGCCGUCCUGAGCAGCCUUGGCAAGGUGAAGGAGCUGGAAGUGAAGGCCACCCAGGUGCCACAUCUGCACACCUACAUCCAGCAGCUGGAGUCGGAGCUGCAGCGCUGGAGGUCGGAAACUGCGAGAUGCCAGCUGCCCUCGCUGGGCAGUCCGGGGCAGAAGGCAGGAGCAGCCCCAGCAGCUGGAAGGCAGGACCGACGAUCCCCCACUGGCGGAGCUGGGAUGGCCGAGAACGCAGAGGACCAGCUGUUCCGAUCAGUGGAGGGCCAGGCUGCCUCUGAUGAGGAGGAGGAGGAGGAGAAGUGGGCAGCCCAGCCAUCCCAGGUGGGCCCCAUGAAGAAAGCCCUGGCCAAGCUUCCUUGCUGCAGCAGUGGAUGUGAUGAAAAAACGUGGCCAAAGCAAACGCCUUCCUUGGAGCCCAGCAACACUGGUGGCCAUGGCACAGCCCCUGGGGAGCUGGCAGAGAGGAGCUCACAGCUCACUGACCAGCUUGGGCCUAAAGGGCAUGAAGUGAAGAAACUGGAAACAGAGAUGGAAGAGAUGGAAGGCCCAUUGGUAGGUGAGCUGCAGCAGAAGGCAGAGGAGACUGAAGUGCUGAAGAUGGAGCUGCAGAUGUUGGAGACGGAGAGAGUCAGGCUGUCACUGGUGGAAGAAAAGCUCAUGGAUGUUUUACAGCUUCUCCAACAACUUCGAGCCUUGAACAUAUCUAAGCGAGCCUUGGGGAAAAUCCUGCUGAGCACUUUGGAAUCCUGCCGUGACCCCCAACCUGGAAAAGCCCACCUAGUUGAAGUCCUAGAUACCCUUUACCAGGAGCUGACAGCCUGUGAACUCUUACAAAGCCAGCCUCUGGAGAAGGCACAGGGUCGCCAGUCCUUGGCUAACCCUCUGGUCAUCUCAUGCUGAGCAGAAGUGCCAACUCCAACCUGCCCCAUCAUUCCCACAGCAGCUCCUUCAUUCAGACACACCCUGGAUGGAAAAGAUUUGUCCAAAUCACCAGAGCUCAGUAAUGGAGAAGAAGAACAGAAUAACUCAGCCACAAAAUCCAAGGUGUGCUCCUUCUGGGAAGAGCACCGGGGCCUCAGCUAACCUCAGAGGCCUCCAUCACAUGGAUGCCCAUUCACACCAUGUUAUGCAGCAAGGACCAUCUCUGAUGGAAGCCCAACCAUCCUUGAGUGCUGGCCCUGGAAUUGCCAUAUAAAAACUGUUCCCAGUACACUGCCCUGGCCUAUUCAGGUGUAUAGCCCUGCUGACACGCUGGCUGGGGACAGUGUCUAGCUUUUGUGAUGGCUCAGUUCAAAAGCAAAGGGCAGUCCAUGUUAUCCCUGGCAAGUGAACUGCUUCCUUAGCACCCAGGUGGCAAAAUGACUGUGUUAUACACAAGUGCAUGUCAGUAGUGCAAGUGUUCAGGGCUCACCUAUAAAACGUGUUUGUGUGUGUCUGUAAUUCAGUUAUUCUCCUUAUUUGACUCUGAAGUUAGUUUUGUUAUUGCUUCUGCUGGAUUUUAUAUUUGCAAUUACAGAGAUGGCUUAGAAAUCUGCAACUGUCAUUCCUGACAGUGGGCUCAGAUUUUACAUAAAAUGUUAAAUUUAACUGCUUGGAAAAGGUACAAAGCAAUCUUGUUCCCAGGCUCUCAGGGAAAGGAAAGGCUGAAGAUGUCACUUUGCAACAGCUGCCAUUGUUGCCUUAGCAAACGACACGUGCAGUGCACAACUGUGCUCUCAUUCCAUUUCCCUCAGUGCAACUGCAGAGACACAAAGUUAAGGCCCCACUUGCAGGCAAAGUAAUGUAAAGUGCUGGGCAUAAUCGGGCUGCCACACAACAUGUUAAUGGUGGGUAGUAAAUGAUUCAUGAGCCAGCAGUGUGCCCUUCUGGCCAAGAGGGCCAGUGGAAUCCUGGGGUGCACGAGGAAAAGUGUGGCCAGCAGGUGGAGGGAGGUCAUUCUCCUCCUCUACUCUGCCCUGGUGAGGCCACAGCUGGAGAACUGGGACCAGUUCUGGGCUCCCCAGUUCAAGAGAGACAGGGAACUGCUGGAGAGAGUCCAGGAGAGGGCAACAAAGAUGAUCUGGGGACUGGAGCAUCUCUCUUAUGAGGAAAGGCUGGCAGAGCUGGGGCUGUUCAGCCUGCAGAAGAGAAGGCUGAGGGGAGACCUUAUCACUGCCUGUAGGUAUCUCAGGGUGGGUGCAGGAGGAUGGAGCCAGACUCUGCUCAGUAGUGCCCAGGGACAGGACAAGGGGCAAUGGGCACCAGCUGGAACAUGGGAAGUGCCAUUGAAAUAUGAGGAAAACCUUCAUUACAGUGAGGGUGACAGAGCCCUGGGACAGGCUGCCCAGGGAGGCUGUGGAGUCUCUUUCUCUGGAGACAUCCCAAACCCAGCUGGAUGCAGCCCUGAGUAAUGUGCUCCAGGGGAUCCUGCUUUAGCAGGGGGGUUGGGCUGGAUGGUCUCUAGAGGUCCCUUCCAACCCUGACAAUUCCAGGAUUCCACAUGGCUUGCACACACCUCCACCCACAGCGUGACACACUGCUCAGCAUUUAGAGCUGUCUUGGUAACACAAAUUUGCUCCAGGUAUUUUAAUUACAUUUUGGAGGGGGGG